UGAACCAUAAUAAUUGUCGUCUCCAUUUUCUUUGUCAUAAAAUCAAAAGAGAAAAUGGGGUCUCUGUUUUGUCCAUCACUGAUUGUAUUCUUUUCCCUUUGGCUUACUUUGAUUUCACCUUCACAUUCAAUCGACUGUUCAUCCCUGAAACUUCCCGGCGGCAUAAGACACUACUCCAACUGCACAGAGCUUCCCACCCUAAACUGCACCCUCCAUUUCACGUACAACGCCACAAACUCCUCCCUUUUCAUUGCCUUCUCAGCUGCUCCCUCCAACGCCGACGGUUGGAUAGCUUGGGCCGUCAACCCCACGGACACAGGGAUGGCAGGUUCCCAAGCCCUCCUUGCCUUCAAGAACAAAGGCUCGAUUGUUGUUAAAACCUAUAACAUAAGCUCCUACAGAUCUAUUGUAGAAGGGAAGCUAUCCUUCGACGUGUGGGACCUGGAAGCCGAGGCUACUAACGACGGAAAGAUGGUUGUAUAUGGUUCAUUGAAAGUUGAAGGCAGCGUGGAGAAGCUGAACCAGGUUUGGCAAGUGGGACCAGGGGUGAGUGACGGUCACCCCAUGAAGCAUGAGUUUGGUAAAGCUAAUCUGGGUUCUUGGGGAGAGUUGAAGUUGGUGGAGAAAGUAAGUUCAGGUUCCUCAUCCCCUGCGCCGUCACCUGUACCUCAUAAUGACUCGGGAGAUGGUUCCAGGGCUAAAAUAUAUGCUGGAUUCUGGAUCUUGGCUUUGGUUUCCUGGCUGGUUUCUGUACUGUGAUUUGGAAGUGUAAUAAAAACCAGCAUAUUUUAUUACUAUUAGUAAUAUUAUUAAAACAUAUUUUAUUGAAAAGAGAAUCCAGGUUGACCUGUUGGAA